GCAGUGAUUCCCGGGGUGGGGUUCAUUCCCGAGCGGUGGGUCAGUGUCGGGGUGGGGGUCAUUCCCAGGCGCUGAAUUCCCGGGCUGGGGGUCAUUCCCAGGCGGUGAUUCCCGGGGUGGGGGCCAUUCCCGAGCGGUGGGUCAUUCCCAAGGCCGGCUGUGGGUUGCAGAGCUCCCGUCCGUGGGGCCGAACAGGCGCACCCUCCCCAUGCGGGCAGGAGCCGGAGCUGGGCCAUGAGCAACGCCACGGCCCCCACAGCCCCGGGCGCCGCGGGGGACUCGCUGGUGGGCUCCGUGCUGGGGCCCUUCCUCCUCCUUACCCUCCUCGGCGCCCUCCUGGCCGCGGUGAUGUAUGUGAAGAAGAAGCGCAGGUCCGACCGGCUCCGGCACCGGCUGCUGCCCAUGUACAGCUACGACCCGGCCGAGGAGCCGCCCGAGUCGGAGCAGGAGCUACUGGUGGAGGCUGAGGAGGCUCAGGUGGUGCCCGGCUGGGGGGGACCCUCACCCCCUCGUCCCCCGCGCAGGGACUGGAGGGCCUGACUCUGCCUGGAGCACCGGGACCGGAUCCUGCCCGCGGGAGGGGAGGGACGAUGCUGUCAGCACUGGUACCAUCAGCCAGGACAUGCCCGCGGUGGUGCCACAAUUCCACAGCCACCCCCACCUGAGCACUGACCAGGACCAGACAUCUCCCACCUCAGUGCCUGGUUUUCCUUUUUUUUCUCUUUUUAAUUUUUUCUUUCCUUUUCUUGGACUGCUCCAGCAGCCCCUUGGAAAGCUCCGGGAGGGCCCACUGGGGCUGGCAGGGAGCAGCAGGCUCUGCCGGCACAGGAUGCCUGGGGGAAGACAGGGUAAAUAAACGUGUUUCUGCCUUGGCCCCAAGGCUCAGUGUGGGGCUGGGGGUUCCCAGCCUGGGGGGAAGCAGGGCUUUGCCUGUUUGUGUUUCCAUCGGCAGCUUAUCCCCAUGGAUGGAUGGUGGCCGUCACCAGCAGGGAUGUCCCUGUGGAGGAGAUGCCCUUGGAAGAGCCACCCCUGCCCAACCCCUCCGGGGCCCGGGACAGGCGUCACAAACUUCCAUAAAAUGUUUUAUUCAAGUAACUGCAAAUAGGAACCCAAAAGGUCGUUAACAGUGAACCAAAAAAAACCCCAAACCAAACCCCGAUUCUCUCCCGCCGGGGCCGCCCAGCACCGACCUCCGUUCCCGCUGCAGCCGUCGUGCCGGAGCAGAGGGGCAGGGGGAGCAUCCCAUGGUCCCCCCACCCCUCUGCCCUGCCAGCCUCGAUCCCUUGAAGCAGCAGAGCAAACUAG